AUGAAGACAGUGGCAACGAAGCCCAUGUCUUUCCUGUGGAGUCUGAUAUCGACAAGAAACCUGUUUGAGGGCUCACGUAAUACCUGGCUUUCGUGGACGAAACGAGAGAGGCAAGAAGUGGCCGCACUUGAGACUAUACGUGCGAGAGACCUGUCAUUACAUCUGUACAACGCGUUUGCAUUGAAAGAAAGAAGAAAACAGAUAAACCAGCGACGGCCCAACGAUGUUAAGGAAGAAAACCAUGAUGAUGGUAUUCCCUCUGAAAAUUUAUCAUCUACGUUUGCACCGAGUAGAGCGUGGACGGCUUGGCCUUUACCUGCAGAAAUUGUACCUAGAACCACCGAAAAGGUCGAGAAAGAUGAUGACGAAAAUUGGACUUUGCGGGGCGUAUUCGAUGCGCGUCCAAGUGCAGAGCUGGAAGAGUGCCUCAUGGCUCAGAUGAUGAAAGCCGCAAAAGAGAGGUUUCAAUCUCGUGAAUGGCCGCGAAAAUCCGCUCAUGCUCGGAGCCGAAGUCGCAACGCUGGCUCUGAUAGCGAAGCCAUGAUGUCGGCUAAAGAGGAAAAUGAUGCAGAUCAUCAAGCUCAUGAUGGGCGAACCUUUCGUCCAGUUGUGCAGGCCGACGAUGAAGCAUCAAAACGGAUUCUACGCCCUGAGGCUCGCCAUAUCCUGAGCAAAUUUGACCAGCUUCUACUUAAUCUCUAUCGAGCCCGGCAAGCCUACCUUACAGCCGCAGAUAUGGCCCAAACUGAAUAUGAAACGGAAGAUGAUGAGAAUAAACGCAUGUCGACUCCACAUAGGCGGGGACGAAAGCGAACAAGGACCACUUCUCGCCCAAGCAGUUCCCAUCUAAAUGUCGUAAACAGCCAAGGCCCAGUUGAUGCUUCAAACCUAUCUUCUCCUUCUUUGGGAACUAAUCGAGCACCCAAGUCGGCUGAUCCACGCAGGGACAGGUUGGGACUUCGAGACUGGAGCGAUGUUCUCGGAAUCGCAUCUAUGGCUGGAUGGUCAGACCCCGCCGUCAUGCGUGCAGCCCGGCGUUGUGCAGAUCUCUUUGAGCAGAAUAUGGUCUUCCGGAGGCUAGACGAAGGUAAAGUACAGCUCGAGCAGGCCGAGGAUGGCACAGCCGUUUGGAAUUAUGUUGAAAGCGGAGAAGAUGAGGAUGGGUUAACCGUAGAGGACGAUCAGCCAACCUCCAAAUACAUCGAUAAACCGAGGGAUUAUGAAUUAUUCUGCCCCGUGGAAGAAUGCAAAAGGCACAAACAGGGUUUUUCAAGGAAAUGGAAUCUGGAUCAGCAUCUGAAAAAGAAACAUCCAGGGUUGACAGAAAGAUCGCGGGAGAAAGUGGAAAUCUGA